AUGAAUUUCUAUGAAGAUCCUCCUAAGAGAUAUUCUUUAGAUAACUCAGAAACAAGCUCAGAUGAAGAUUUGGGUGAAAAUAAUUUUUUUAAGAAAGAUAAAAUUAAGAAAAAUAUAUCAAGCUGUAUAAUAGAAUCUGUCAAUUCAUUCCCGAAUGAUAUUAAAAAUGUUAUAAUAGCAAGCGAAUUGUUUUUGGAUAUUUUAAAAAUAUUUCCUGGAGAAAAUACUAGUGAAGUUUUAUUUAAAUUUACAGGAAAUAAAUCAAUAGCUCUUUUUAGUAAUUCUAAUCUUUCUUUAUAUUCUAUUAUUUUUCCGAAUAAUAUACCACCUGAAAUGUGUUAUCAUCUUUCUUCUUAUAUUUUUGAUCAUUUGAAAUUUAAACGUAUCUUUUUGCUUGCAACUAUUUUUCAAUGGGCUGUUUUUUCGCCUGUCAGUUUUCUUCGUACGACAUCAUCAUCGUUUCAAAUAGAAAAUGAACUCUGUCCGCUUUUAAAACCUCCUGCUUUACUUUUUGGUAUGGAAGCAUCUAUAUUAUCAUUGUGUGAACAAAGAAAUUUAGAUGCAAUUGCUAUUAUUGCAUCUUCAAAUGGGCCUUCUGCUCAUCUACAAAUAAGCACAGAUAUUGCAGAACAAGUAGCAAAUAUACUUGACCAGCUUAUUGGAAAUGGGAAUUUUGGUUUGAAAACUGCAUUAUGUAAUUAUAAUGCAUAUAUUAAAAAAAGAACAAAUAUAUUAUCAAUGUAUCUUUAA